AUGAACAGAGUGUUUAAGGAAUACUUGGAUCACUUCGUUAUAGUGUUUAUAGACGAUAUCCUGGUGUAUUCGAAGAGUUCCGAGAACCAUGAACAACACUUGAGGAUAGUGUUGAAGACUUUGAGAAUGCAUCAGCUUUUUGCCAAGCUCGGUAAAUGUGAGUUUUGGUUGGCUCGUGUGGCGUUCCUAGGCCACGUGGUUUCUGGUGAAGGAAUUGCGGUGGAACCGUCUAAGAUUGAGACAGUCAUGGACCGGCUAAGACCGACGACAGUAAUGGAGAUCAGAAGCUUUUUGGGUUUGGCAGGCUAUUAUAGACGAUUCGUGGAGAAGUUCUCAACUAUAGCCUCGCCUAUGACUAAAUUGUUGAAGAAGGAUGUGAAGUCCGGGUUGUGUUUUUAUGCAACAUGGAAGGGUAGUAGCGUAUGCAUCUCGCCGCUUGAGACCCCACGAGUUGAACUCUCCGACGCACGACCCGGAGUUGGCUGCGGUCAUGUUCGCCCUGAAGAUUUGGAGGCAUUAUCUGAUCGGAGAAAGUUUUCAGGUGUAUACCGAUCAUUAGAGCCUCAAGUACCUGUUCUCUCAGAAAAAGUUAAACAUGAGGCAGCGUCGAUGGAUGGAACUGCUCAAGGAUUGUGA